AGUUCGAUAAUGAUGGAAGGUGACUGCGAAUCUCUACCUUCGGAAGAGGUAUCCAACUUUUCAGGGACUUCUACUUUGUCUCAACAAAAGAGGCGCUUUGCCGAUGUGAAACCUCCCUACUCCUAUAUCGCUCUAAUAACAAUGGCAAUAGAAUCUGCAAAGGAUGGGAUGAUGACAUUGAACCAGAUAUACUCCUAUAUCAUGAAAAGAUUUCCCUAUUUUAAAGAAAAUCAACAAAGGUGGCAAAAUUCAAUCAGACACAAUCUCAGCUUAAACGAUUGUUUUGUCAAAGUACCCAGGCGGCCAGGACACCCCGGUAAGGGUAAUUAUUGGGCUUUACACCCAAAGUGUGGCGAUAUGUUCUCCAACGGUUCCUUCCUCCGACGAGCAAAAAGAUUCAAACUUCCGAAGGCAAUGCAAGCCGCUCAGAAUGCUCAACAAGCAGAAGGUUAUCCGAUAUCGCACCCUUCCUAUAAACCUUAUAUGUCUUUUAUGCAACCAACGCAUUGUAAUGAUUGGUCAGUAUACUCUUCCUAUUCAUCUUCCACGAAUGGUCAUUAUCCGACACCAAGCCCUCCACAACCACCAUACACAGGAUAUUCUCAUCUAGCCGCCGCAGUAGCGUCCGCCCAAUCAGCUUACCCGGCCCAGUGUUCUCAAUCAUUUCCUCCACCUAAUUCAAUCGGUCAAUAUAAUGGACGAUUGCAGUUGAUGCAAAGCCAGUAAGAGUUAGUUUUCUAAAAGAAGAGCAUAUGAUAAAUGAUUACCAGGCACGUUCUAAAUAAAUAUAGGUCAAAAUAUUUAUUCUGUAAUCUAAACAAACGAGGAAGAAGCUUGUCGUAUCGUAUUUAGUUCUUGAAUAUAAAGGAUUGUCUACAUUUUUUAUAUCUUUUUUUGCAAAGCUGUUAUACUUAAUCAAGUAAAAUAUAAUAAAAAGUAUGUAUUUUAAGAUAAAGUCGCCAUUUUGUAUAUAUAUAUAUUUAACAUUCAUUAUUCACACAGUAUAAUAUUUUAUUAUCACCUUUUGUAUCUUUUGUAUGU